AUGUCCAUGUCUGCGCAUUGUCUUCUGAUCCUUUUCGCGCUCCUCUUUCUCUCCGGUAUCUUCGAACACUCCCAGGUGGGUGCCCGAAUUGCACUGCUUCCAAGGAGACUUCACGAGGGGGAGGAGGACUUUUUCGACGGAGGUGAGACAAGCGAGAGAAAGAGGCGGGGAACUUUAAUACUCCCCUACUUCCACUAUCCCCGUUCUCUUGCCAAACGAGGUCCUGAACUAUUCAUUCCUUACAUGGAGGCUUAA